AGACAGAGUGUGAGCCAGGAUGACUGGAGGAGUUAGGACUGCAUAGGCUGCAGUGUGAGGGGGAAAGAGUGUGUGUGUGUGCAUAUGGGUUUGCAUGUGUCUGGGUGGAUUCCCGCUGUACUGCUGCCCCAUGUGUGACUGUGCUGACCGCGACAGCCAUCCUGUUCACAGCGGAGACUUUCUCAGCAUGCAGAUGGUGUGAGCAGUCAGGGGAAAAGUUUAUAGCAGCUCGUCUGAUCCUCUGCUAACUCCAUCCACUCUGCACGCACCGAGUUUGUUCAGGGGAGCAGCAGAAGGAGCUGGAGUACAACUUCAGCUCUUCUCACCCCGGGAUCUCUGUUGCUGUUGAUUGAUUACCUGUCACAGGAUUGGAUACAAAAAGGUGUGUUCAUCACCACCACCACACAUCAGAGCUGAGGGAUUCGACAAGGCUUUUAAUUUGAAAGAUUAGAAUUGCUGCAAUGGACGAGCCGUGUGUGUCCCACAGCAGUCCCCAGCGCAGUGGAGGUCAGGCCGGCACAGAGGUCCAGCGGCAGGGACGACCCAGUGUCAUCAGGUGUGGGUGGCUCAGGAAGCAGGGAGGAUUUGUCAAGACUUGGCACAGUCGCUGGUUUGUUCUGCGAGGGGACCAGCUCCACUAUUACAAAGACGAGGAGGAGACCAAGGCCCUGGGAGCCAUUUUCUUACCUGGAAACAAAGUUACAGAACAUCCAACCAGCGGCGAUGAAGGAGGGAAAUUUCUCUUCGAGAUCAUUUCAGGGGGAGACAGAGAGCGGAUGACAGCCAACCAUGAGACCUACCUUCUUAUGGCCAGCACCCAGAAUGACAUGGAGGAUUGGGUGAAGACGAUCCGCAGGGUCAUCUGGGCUCCUUUUGGCGGAGGGAUUUUCGGUCAGAAGUUGGAGGAAACUGUGCGCUAUGAGCGCCGGUUUGGGAACAAGCUGGCCCCUAUGCUAGUGGAGCAGUGUGUGGAUUUCAUCCGGCAGUGGGGCUUGAGGGAGGAGGGCCUCUUCAGGCUGCCCGGACAGGCCAACCUGGUCAAAGAGCUGCAGGACGCCUUCGACUGUGGAGAAAAACCUUCUUUUGAUUGUAACACGGAUGUGCACACAGUGGCCUCUCUCCUGAAGCUGUACCUCAGAGAGCUGCCGGAGCCCGUCGUCCCCUUCAACAAGUUUGACGAUUUCCUGGCCUCCGCAAAGCUCCUCAGCAAAGAUGAUGAAAUGGGUAUGAAGGAGUUGAGAAAGCUUGUGGAAGAUCUACCUCGGGUAAACUACAACCUUCUGAAGUACAUCUGCAGAUUUCUAGAUGAAGUCCAGUCGUAUUCAGGGGUGAAUAAAAUGAGCGUCCAAAACUUGGCCACAGUCUUCGGGCCAAAUAUCUUGAGGCCGAAGGUCGAGGAUCCAGUCGCUAUUAUGGAAGGUACUGUUCUGGUCCAGCAGCUCAUGGCCGUUCUGAUUGGCCGCCAAGACGUGCUGUUCCCCCUGGAAGAGGACAGCCCCACGGCCCUCGAGCUUGCCAACAACAACAAUAUCGAGCUGCCACGUGGACAAGCCACCACAACUACCUCCGCCAUCACUACGGUGACCCAGAACACCGAGAACAACAACACACAGGUGGUGCGGCAGUGUGUUUGGGAAGCACCCGAAUCUCCGUCACACCGCCAGCACGUGGACAACAAUGUCUCCCCGCGAUCGGCCAGCCCUCGUAACGGUGUCAUCGGACGCUUUGACAUCACCCGCAGUCCACCAAUGACUGUUAAAAAGAACCCAGCUUUCAGUAAGGGCAGCGGGAUCGUAACAAACGGCUCCUUCAGCUCCUCGCCCUCUUCAGACCCCAGUCAGGAGAAGAGCCAGACUCUAACAGGAGGCGGGAGUUUACCGGUGCGCCGCAGUGGGACGCUCAAAGGCUCCGGCACCAAAAUGGGCACCAGUGGCGUGACGAGUGGUGGCAGCGCCGGAGGGAACGGAACUGGAGUUGUGCGUAUGGGCCUAUCCGGCACUGAUGUGGGUCUGAACGGCCGCAACGGUCUGUGGGUACCAAAUGGCUGCGUCACGUUACGAGACAACAACAAAACCCGAGACAGCACCCAAGUGGAUCAAACAUCCAAUCAGAACCGCCUGUCCACGUACGACAACGUCCAGUUAAACCACCACAACCUGCAGCAGCAGAACCACAUCGCCAACACGUGUCUGAACAGCAGCUGCGAGGACAAGCAGAGCGUGGACAGCGCCACUUGGUCCACCUCCUCCUGUGAGAUCUCCCUGCCGGACAACUCCACCUCCUGCCGCUCCUCCACCACCACCUGCCCCGAGCAGGACUUCUACGGAGGUCACUACGAGGACAUCGAUGGAGCGGUGCGAGACACUGAGCCCAAGUCUGGUGGAGGAGGGGAGGGGGAGGUCAGGAACAUCAACAGAGAGGGCAGUGGAGAAGGAGCGGGGGGGAGCAGUCGGGGCACCAGCAGCAGUGAUAACAGUGAAGGAUACACUGUGGGGAAUGGAGCUGGGAGCCACAGUGCUCUGCACAGCCUAGUGGCCAGUCUCAAACAGGAGAUGAACAAGCAGAAAACCGAGUACGAAGCCAGGAUAAAAAGCUUGGAGCAGCGUAACGUGGAGCUGGAGACGGAGAUGGUGAGCCUCCACGAGGAGCUGGACCAGGAGAGGAAGAAGUACACCAUGGCAGAGAUCAAGCUGCGCAACGCGGAGCGCGCCAAGGACGACGCUGAGCGGAGGAAUACGAUGCUGCAGAAAGAGAUGGAGCAGUUUUUCUCCACGUUCAGCGACCUCACUGCGACUGGAAACCCCCCAGCAGCCGACCCCCGCCGACCAGAUCGUAACAACCCCAUCUGGAUACAGUGAAGGGAGGCUUAUGAUGUGAUGUGAACAAUAUGAGUGCUCCAAACAGGAUUUGGCUGCUGGUUGUUAAGGGAAAGUUACAAUGCAAAGGUUAAUGGCAUGUUAAUUUAAGAAAUAAGAGGUGUAUGGCUAAUGAGAGCCACCUGUAUAAAGAUAGACAUCACCUGGAGUGAUGCCAGACUGACAAUAUGUGUAAAUACAGUGUUAUUUAAACAGCUCCCAGACACUCAUCUGACUGAAGAGGAUUGAAGGCACACCAUAGUCCAUGAUGAUGCGUCAAAAAGGUUGCGUUUAGCCGACAAACAUAAAAACCUUGGACCUGUAAACACAAAAAAGACCAUGCAUAUAUUUAAUUAUCUUUUAAAAAAAUCUAACCAAAAACAUCUUGUUGUUCCGUGUAAUUCUGUAUCUGCUCAUGUACAUAGAGGGAAACGAUGCAGAAAAGUGUCAUGUAUGUAAAAAUAAAUGAAAAAGUAAUAUUU